AUGGUCAGUCACACACUCAGCAAAAUCUUCACUAGGUCAAGAUUCACGGUUUGUGACACAUGCCAUGAUAUAAAGUCUAAACUGGAAAAGACUACCAACAAAAUGGAGAGGAAGGAAUUACACCAAAGAAGAGAAAAGCAUCUACGCCAACAAAAUGCGGAACGCUCAAAAUACUAUAAGCUUAUUAGAAAGGCAAAGUCCCAGCCGGACCAGUACCUCAGCAUUAUACUGGAUGGUAUGGACCAGGAAAAAACAAGACUGCCGCAUUUGCCAACUACACCAAAGUCAUUGUCCAAUGCCUGGAAAGUCCAGUUCAAUCUCAUGGGUGCCAUUGCCCAUGGGAUAGGCAUAUAUGGAUUCUUUGAUCCGUUCCAGUGGUCACAUGGUGGAAACUACACAAUUUCAAUACUCUGUAGCAUUUUUGGCAUGCUGGACUCCUUACCUGAAGUGUUAUACCUACAGCUGGACAAUUGCCCAGGAGCAAACAAAAACAGAUUUGUCAUCGGAUUCCUUGCCCUUCUGGUUCAGGCAGGAAUAUUCAAAAAAAUUAAACUUUCGUUCCUCAUGGUUGGACAUACCCAUGAAGAUAUUGAUCAGUUGUUCUCAAGGUUUUCAACCAAUGUGCGAGACAAAAUGAUCAUGACACUGGAUAGCUUGAUGCAGUGUUUUGAAAGAUGCUACAGGCCGACACCUACAGCAAUUAGGACAACUAGCGUGUGGAACUGGUCUGAGACAAUGGACAUCAAUUCAAUCAGAAACCAUUCGCGUCCACAUCUAUUCAAGUUUGUCAAAGAUGAUAAUGGCACAGCGAUAUAUUUCAAGAAAUGGAGUACUGAUCAGGAAUGGACAAAAUGUGAAGGCUACUUGCUGAAAUGUGACACGGUCAAGAAGUGUUCCAGAAUGCCAUUGAUACCUCCAUGUUGUGAAAAGGUUGAUGAAAAGGUUACAACUGAUACCUUCUCAAUCUGCAAAUUUUAUGAUGACGAAGUGUCGGGACAGUGGUGGGCAGAUUUUUUCCAAGACCUCAAAGAGCAAGAAGAUAGAGAGUAUAAUGCAGAUGACAUAAUCUCAUCCCUGAAAGCAAAGGCCCUGCAUGAACAAAUCAACCAACAACCUGCAGCUCAGCAAGAAGAAAAAGAGGAUGAAAUUGCACCGGUCAUCAUUGGACAAGCACCAAAAAAAAAGCCAACCCGUAACCUACAAACUAAUGACAUGGUCCUUGUGGACACAGUGAGAUAUGCGGAUGAGUGGCCGCAGGUUGCCAGUGUGCUUAAGAUUGAGGAAACAUCUGUAACCGUUCAAUGGUUUAAAGGGGCGAAAACUUCCCAGUGGACACCGGCAUCAAGACGUAUUCCAGGCAAGCGUGGGAAAACAGAAGCCUUCACAGAAACAAUAUCAAAAAGUGUUAUUUGGUAUGGUGGCUUUUCAUUAACUCCAGGUGGACUUCUCCCAAAACAUGCAAGGGAUGCCCUUGACCAAUACUUCGACGAUUAACAAUGUUUACCACCAGUGAUUUAUUUCGCGGUGCAAUGUACUGCUUUCUAGCAGUUGCUUCCUUUUACGAAGAUGUGUUCAAUUGUACAAAAGUAAUAAUAUUUUACUAAAUCAUUGAUUACAGCUCCUGUUAUUGCAUUAAAAAGGCAAUGAUUUGAUUACAGAUGAAACAAAAUCUUGAUACGAUUAGCUAGUUAACAGCAUAAUGUAUGCAAGAUCUAUGAAUAUAUAUGACAUCUUUAAAUCGGCAUUUCACAUAUUGACAGUAAACGAUGUCUAGUGUAAUCCACGACCAAAUGAUACAUAACCCAAGCAUAUGUCAUCGACAUAUUUCAGUCAUCCAUUUUUGUGUUUUAAAACCAAAAAAAUAAUACAAUUUCAAAUAGUAUUCAUUAAAACACAAACACGAGGUGUGAUUUUGAUGUUGCUAAAACAUACUCUUGAUAUAUAGCAUAGCUAUGUUUUAAAUGAUCUUACCUUAGGAAAUAUCUUAAAUUUAUCUAUUACUAAUCAUUCCAAACCACACUAUUUUGACCUGGAAACAAUGACUCUGAUGAUGUCACGAAUACAAUAGCUACGUCAUAGGUCAAUCGGUCUGAUAUUUGAUAAUUGUCCAAUUAAAUCAAUGAAUUUUUUAUUGUACAGUGGAGGAAAUGUUGUUUUUCUUAUAAAAUGAAAUAAAAAACACAUAUGCAAUAAAACGGUUAAAAAACGACGCCGGGUUGCCAUCUGUCCAUAAUGGCACACCUGGCCUUCGAUGACCCUAGGGCCAUUACAGACCAGGUGUGCCAUUAUGGACAGACGGCAAACCACCGCCGUAUAUUAUCCUCUAAGUCAUUUACUUGAACCAACUUAGAAAACGUUCUAAAUUGUACUUAAAAUACAGAAUCAAUAAUCAAAACUAUGUUUAAGUGAACACAUCCCCUUUAAAGGGGCUGUCUCAUGUAUGGGAACCAAAUAAGUUUUUUCUGUAACGAAUCUCUAGACAAUGAUGUAAUAGAAUGUGAUACGCUUUGAUAUCAUAAUUGUAAAAAAAAAAUACCAAAAAUCUUCAGUUAGUAAGUUUUAAUGCUUGUACACGUCGAUGCCAAGUUUAUGUUAGUUUGCAAAAUUUCUCUUUUCUUUUUCGUUAUUUUAUCAUACCUGAAUGCAUUCCAUUUAAGUGUUAAUUCUAUAUUGUUUAGCAAUGUUUUCAUUGUUUGAGCUACUCCUCAUGUACAGGGAACCAA